UAAGCGUCUGGCUUAACCAAUGAAAUCGUUCGCUCGGAAUUUAAACUGUUCUAGCUAACCUGUAGUGUGUUUUUGUGAAAAGUCGUCGAGUUACUUAGCUGCCUUUUAAAUAUGGACCGCAUUAACGACGAGUCGACAACGCUGUAUUUUUAUGAAAGCAGGCUUUUAACUUUCGAUGGUUGGCCAUUUCAGGAAGACUGCGUUUGUACUCCUGAGAACAUGGCUAAAGCAGGAUUCAUCCACGUGCCCUCUGAGAACAGUCCUGAUGUAGCACAGUGUUUCUUCUGUCUUAAAGAGCUGGAAGGCUGGGAACCAGAAGAUGAUCCUGAAAAGGAGCAUAAAGCACAUUCACCCAGCUGCAGUUUUAUUGCACUGAAGAAGUCUGUGGAGAGUCUGACUGUGGAGGAGUUUCUCAAGCUUCAGAAAGAGAGGCAGAAAUUUAUUAUUAAAAAGAUGUGCAACCAGGCUAUUGACAAAUUUGAAGAAGCUGUGAAGUUGAAAAGAGGACAGAUCAUGCAGUCUGCUAUGGGUGAAGAAUGAAGAGAGUAAAGACGUCACUUCUGUUAUUGCUUUUCACAAGACACACUUGUUUCCAUUUCUCCUUAAUUUGAUCUCUUUCAGGCAAUGGACUCAUUUGGAGUGGGGGAAGUUUGUAGAUAUGUGUAUAUAUAGCCUGUCUCUGUAGACUUUUAUAUGGACCAGGCAUUGAAAUGUUUGUUUCAGGAAAUUAUUUUUAAUUAUCUUUAGUGAAUAAAACCUAAUGUUAAAAUCAUAA